UCACUCUCCGCGCCGGGCCCCGCCAUGCUGCCGGCGCUGAGGCGCUGCCGCCCGGGGCCCGUCCCUGUGCCGGUCGUGGCGGCCGCGCUGGGCCCCGGUCCCUUCCCGGGGCUCUGUCCUGGCAGUCCCGGCCCCUUCCCGGGGCUCUGUCCCGCCUGGACCCCGCGGGCCGUGCCGGCGCGGGGCCGCAAGUCCCGGCACGACCCUCCCGCCAAGUCCAAGGCGGGGCGGGUGAAGCUGCCGCCGCCCGUGGAUCCCGAGGAGCUGCUGGUGGUGCUGGAGCGGUACCGGCAGCACCGGCUGGUGCUCAGCGCCCUCCGGGCUGAGUUCAGGGCCGAGGUGCAGCAGCAGAAGCGGGAGGAGCGUUUGGCUGCCGAGACCUCCGUGGAGGAGCUGGAGGAGCACCGGCGCCUGAUGGCCUGGAACGACGAGGAGAACGCCCGGCAGCAGGCACGCAGAGAGGAGAGGCUCAGGAAAGAAGAGGAGGAGCUGAAGMGGAAGAAGUCAGAGAUUGCAGAGAGACAGGCCAGGAAAAUGGAGGCUUUCCUGGAAGAAAAGGAGAAGGAGGUUCUCCAGCUGCAGGAGGAAGCCAAGAACUUCAUCACCCCCGAGAACCUGGAGGCACGGAUCGAGGAGUGCCUGGACAACCCCCGCAACUACAACUUCGCCAUCGACAAGGACGGGCGGAUCGUCAGGCGCACMGUGCUGUCAUAGCAGCCCUGGAUUGUGUCCAGGGGCUCCCCAGCCAGCACAGAUUCUUCUUUUGAAUGUAUAAAUUGACCACAGAAUGGUGGAGAAAGGCCACGGGCCUGGCUGUGCUGUUUCCAAAGGGUUAAUGCCUGCGGGAAGCUCAGAGGUUGCAGCAGCCUGGCUCAGCCCUGUGUGCCUGUUGCUGUGCCUGUGAUCCCACCUCCCACACGUUUGGAUCCCUCCUGCCUUCACACACAGCCUGGCUCUGAGCUCCUUGCUGUCAGCUCCUCUGGAUGUUUCUGCAGGCAAAMGAGGGCUGGAUUUGUAGGAAGCACUGACCUUUCCCUUCUUUUGCUGUUGGGGGAAGGAAUUUAUUGUUCCUCCUGAUGUCACACUUUGAACCCUCCUUUGCACAUCCCAUGGUGUGGCUGAAUAAGAAAAUGUGUCUGAA